GGCGGCGGCGGCGACGUAGACGGGGCGGACGAGGAGCGCGGACCCUAGGGCCGGGGCCGGACGGGAGGAGCCAGCCAGCGAGCCAGCAGCCAGCCCCGUCCCUCCAGCCUCGCCGGCCUCGGAGGGGGCGGCGGGAAAGGAAGGCCGGGCGCCCGGCCGGCGGCAAUCCCGCGGCGGCGGCAGGAAGCCGACCCGGGCUCGGGCCCCUUUGUGUGGAGGCGGCAGCAGUGACCGUGACCAUGCCCAUGCCCCCCCCCAGCAGCAGCUGAGUGAGCCCCCCUGCUGCCUCUCCAGCUCCCCGCCCCCACCCCGCAGCCCUCGCUUUCGGGAGUGGGGACCACUGGGCUCCUCCUCCCUCCCCCUCCUCCUCCUCCUUCUCCUCCCCCUCCCCCCCCUCUCCCGUGCGUCCCGUCCCGUCCCGUCCCGUCCCGUCUAACCGCCGCUCCUAGGAAGGGCAUUUCCAGCCCCCCCGGCAGGCAGCCAGCCGCACCCACCCCCACCCCUCCUGCUCCUCCUCCUCCUUGCUCAGUCUGCCUGCUCCUGCCCUGCCUCUCGCUCUCUUUCCCCCUGCUGGGCUGCCGCCGCCUGUCUUGAACUUCCUCAUCUUCCCCUGCUAGGCUAGGCCCUCUGCCUCUCAAACCCCAACUUGAGUUGGCAGAUUUCCGCCCACCGCCCCCACGGCCUCCAUAGCUGGUGGAGCCCCUUUUUAUGCUGCUGAGAGGGAGCUGCUGAAGGGAAGACUGAUGAGGGAAUACAAGGUGGUGGUGUUAGGGAGCGGAGGGGUGGGUAAGUCUGCCCUGACUGUGCAGUUUGUCACGGGCACCUUCAUUGAGAAAUAUGACCCCACCAUUGAGGAUUUUUACCGCAAGGAGAUCGAAGUGGACUCUUCUCCCUCUGUACUGGAAAUCCUGGACACCGCAGGGACUGAGCAGUUUGCUUCCAUGAGAGAUCUCUACAUCAAAAACGGCCAAGGUUUCAUCCUAGUUUAUAGCCUGGUUAACCAGCAGUCUUUCCAGGAUAUCAAGCCGAUGAGGGACCAGAUUGUCAGGGUGAAGAGAUAUGAAAAAGUCCCACUCAUCCUAGUGGGGAAUAAAGUGGAUCUGGAAUCAGAAAGGGAGGUUCUGACUGCAGAAGGCAGAGCUUUGGCUCAGGAGUGGGGCUGCCCGUUCAUGGAGACUUCAGCUAAAAGUAAAACAAUGGUGGAUGAACUGUUUGCAGAAAUCGUCAGGCAAAUGAACUAUGCAUCUCUGCCUGAAAAACAAGAUCAGUGUUGCACAACUUGCAUCAUCCAGUGAAGAAGCUAACCUCAUUCAUGGCCAUACAGAGCAGAUAAAACUCAGAGGGAAUUUGCACAGAUGCUGCUUUGGACAACUUGACAGCCUGGGUUGCAGAACUGAGCCUUGGUAAACCUGUCUCGAUAACAGCAUGUUGCCAUACACCUAAUUAAGUGCAUAAGGUCCACAGCCUUCAAGAUCCAUAGACCUUAACCAAGAAUGCUUAGCACGUUUACCAUAAGUUAAAAUAGAUUCUUUAUCAAUCAGUCCUUUUGUAGCUUUCUAAGUUCUUAUUAAUGGUUAAUAUGCAAGGGUUCAUUUUUAAUAUUUUAAUUGAUUUCUUUAAUCAAUUUCUGAACUUGUAUUUAUUAAAUACUUAAACUCAGUAUUACCUACUCAAUGCCUUUUAAAAGUUUUAAUGGAGAAUAAAUUGAGCCUUAAACAAGUGGUUACUUCUGUAUAUUACCUCGCUCCAGUGCUUCAAUCUAUUUGCGAAAAUAUGUUUCCUGAAAUGGUUGGUCGAUAUUUUGAGACUUUAUGUUUACGUGUGACAGUGUUGUAAGAAACUAAAGAUCCCAUAUUACUUGUAUGGAUGUAAUAUCCCUUUUCUCAUCUGAUGUACUCCGUGAUGGGGUCCUGUAAUUGACAUGUUCAGAAAGUGGAAAUUGCGAUUUGAAAUUGACUUUAAUAUUUAGUUUGAAGGGGGUUUUUUGUGAUUUUUUUUAUGUCAUUUGCAACAUUCAGUUGCAGCUGAAGCAUUUUCCUUUCUGUGAAGUUCUAAAUUUAGUUAUGACCUACUUUUAACAAUGCCUUUGAAAAGGGAUAUUGUAUUCUAGGUAAAUUAAUUUCGUAUACCUGCACUCAGAUAUUUCAGCUUUGCCUGGCAGGUUAGUCAUUUACAUCUAGUCAGUUUCUGCACAUGUAAAGUGAAUGCAAAUAAAAUGAUUUUACAUUUUAUAGUUAAUAUUUGUCUUUCUGAACAGUGUUUUAAAGCAAUAUUUGUUAACAUUUUCUUGCACUGUCACAAUUGCUUUUUUUUGUUAUUUCCCAGUAAACAGGUUAGCAACAGAGACAAAAAUCAGUGUAAGGUAAGGGGGGGAAAGCACCCAUUUUUUUUCUAGUGCUCUGAAUUGCAAAUGCGCUCUGAACAGCCAUUGACUUCCCUGUUGUUUACCUGAUCAACACAUUUUGUCUGAAUACUUGAACAUUUUAACAGUAACACAGGUAUUAAAACAGAAAAAAAAAUGUAUAAAGAAUAAAUGAUGCUUUUUCUUCCGUUUUAACAUGUGUACAAGCGAGCUUUUUCUAGCAGUGGUUUAAAGUUUUGUAAGUUUUCCAAUAUUUUGCUUUGUCUUCAGUUUUAGUUUUGUGUGUGCCUGUGUGUGUUUGGGGGUGUGUGUGUGCGUAUGUUUUGCAGAAGUGAUGAACUGCAGCUCACCUACUGCACCAAAGUUGUAGAUCUUAGGGGCCCAGCUUUAGUCAUUUGAACAUGCUUCUAAUGAAAAGAAAACCAAAAGGACUCUUUUGACUUGUAAUAGCUAAAGACCGGUGGCCAAGAAAGCUCUAGUAUAUGCAAUGAUGGUUAUGGGAGGUGGGGCAAUUGAGUAUUUCAUUGUGUGCGAUAUUCAAGUACAUCAGCAAGUUAUCAUCAGGGCCUACUACGAUGCCAUCAGUGGUCUUUGUGACCAGUUUUUCUGGAACAAAAAUUCUGACUGAACUGUUUGAUUCUCCAUGGUGGCGAACUUUGGUUCCCCAUGAAAUUCUCUAAAGUUAAACCUCCUGCUCUUAGAUAUGUAAUUUUAUGGUGAGAAUGGAGGGCUAGGGAUGAUUGGAAUACUUUUCCCUAUUUAUAAACUGCUUGAAACCUGAUCAUUUCGGUUUGCACUUUAAUACCACACUUAAAACCAAACCCUGUAUUCAAAGUAGGUUAGGUGCUGGUGGUUAAUCUUUAUUAGCUAUACUAAAUAAUAGGAGAUUCAAAUAAUUCAUGAAGAUUUUAGUUUUCUGAAAAUUGUGGGUUCUUUCCUUUGGAUACUUUUCUCUCUUUCCUCCCCCUUUCCUUCCCUCUCUUUUCUCUCCCCUUCCCUUUCCCUACUUCUCCCUCCUCUUCCCCUUCCCCUUCCCUCUCUCCUUACUUUUCCUUUCUUUCUCCCUCUCCUCCAUCCUCGAUCCUUCUUCCUUCCCCUUCCUCUCUCACCCAAUUUCUCCUGUCUUUCCAGUUGUUCUUUAUCCCUCUCUUCCUCCUUACUCUCUUUCUCAAAAAAAAGCAGCAUUUUAUACAGGGGUGUGUGUGUGUAUGUGUGUGUGUGUGUGUGUGUGUGUGUAUGUAUGUGUGUGUUUGUACACACGCACACACACAUACAUAACACAGUAUUCAUCAUCAUUGACCUCAGCAGCAAAUUUGACUUGAAUUACCUUAGGAUGACAGGAAUAGGGGAAAUAGGAAGUAAAAAAUGGUUUCUCCAGCACAGUUUUAAAAAAUCAAAGGGACCAAAAGUGAUUUUAGGCUUCCUCAAUAGAUUGCAUGUAAAGUUGCUUAUUAGGUUAAGAAACUGCUAUUAAAUGCAAUAUAGGUAUUGUCUUUGCCAGAUGUUCAGAUCAUUGCAGGGGGGGCUCUGAAACCAACAGAACCUAGCAUUGUGUAUCUCAUGUACUGUAGCUUUAUCAGUGAACAGUGAAAUCUGGAAUACCAAGUGCAAAAUUUGAACAAUGAUCUAUAAAGAUUUGUAAAAUAAAGUUUUUCCAAUAGACUUCAUUCUCGUCAUUUUGUAAAAAAAAAAACCAAAAACAAAAACAAACAAAAAAACAACCUUACAGUCCACCUGUUUGUAACUUUUUUUUUUAAUAAAAUAGACA